ACAAAACAGAUCAGUAAAUAUAUAUAUAUAUACAUAUACAUAUAAUACAUACAGCUCUCUUCCCUACGGCGGCGAUGGCGGCGGCGGCGAGAGGAGUUGGUGCAGUUAUGACAGUGUUGCUUUUGUCGUCGCUUGUUGUCUCCGCGAAGGUUGGGGAUGAGUGCUCUAACAAUGGCGGUUGUGGGGAGGGGUUGUCGUGUUUGGCUUGCGCAGCAGCUUUUGAGGGCUCCCAAUGUGUCCGAACAACCGCCACCAAUCAGUUCUCCCUCACCAACAACUCUCUACCACUGAACAAAUACGCGUUCCUGACGACGCACAACGCCUUCGCCAUAGACGAUGGCACCGCCAGGCUGGCUCCGACCAAUCAGGAAGACACCGUCGCUCAGCAGCUUCAGAAUGGCGUCCGUGCCCUAAUGUUAGAUACCUACGACUUCGAAGAGGAUAUAUGGCUCUGCCAUUCCUUCCAAGGCAAAUGCUUCGACUUCACUAAAUUCGCUCGAGCAGUAGACACGUUGAAGGAAGUGGAAGCGUUCCUGUCAAGCAAUCCAUCAGAGAUUGUGACAAUUAUCCUCGAGGACUAUGUCAAGACACCAAAAGGACUCACCAAGGUUUUCACCAACGCUGGCCUGAUGAAGUACUGGUUUCCAUUAUCCAAAAUGCCUUUGAACGGACAGGAUUGGCCACUGGUUAAGGACAUGGUCGCCGCUAACCAGAGGCUGCUCGUGUUUACUUCAGACAAGUCUAAGGAGAGCUCCGAGGGAAUAGCCUACCAGUGGAACUACAUGGUCGAGAAUCAGUAUGGCGAUGGAGGGAUGGAGGAAGGGGAAUGUCCCAACAGGGCAGAGUCUUCGCCCCUAAAUGACAAGACCAAGUCUCUGGUUCUGGUCAACUAUUUCCGGUCGGUGCCGGUGAAGGCGUUGGCCUGCGUGCAGAACUCCGGCGGCCUCGCCGACAUGGUUCAAACUUGCCAUGGCGCCGCCGGGAACCGGUGGGCUAAUUUUUUGGCAGUCGAUUUUUACAAGAGGAGUGAGGGAGGAGGAGCAUUUGAAGCCAUGGAUACUCUGAACGGGGAGCUUCUUUGUGGAUGUAAAGAUGUCCAUUCUUGUGCAGGUGGUACCCAGUGUACGUCCUGAUGGGACAGGUGGCCAUCUCUUCCCCAACGACAGAUAGAUUCCUUCCAUCGGCUUCAAUUACUGUGUACUCUGAAAAUUAUUUGAGCAAAUGGGAAAAAAGGGAUUAUAUAUGCAUAUAUUAUUAUAUUUUAUUUAUUUA